CAUUUUUUUCAAUUAAUUCGGAAAAGCUGAUCUGAUCACGUCAUAGGUACAGGCAAGCUCGCGAGCCUUGUCGUCUGCUUUGUUUGAGAGGCUGAGGGACAGCGAUCGAUUUCUGUCGUAACAGUGGUAAAUGAUGUCUCCUUCUCACCCGGUUAUCCCACCUCACGUCCUCACUCAUCGCUCAUUUUGCUGAUCCGAACAUCGCCAAUCAUUUCCAGGUGAAAAUGAUUUUGGCUCCAUAAUCCUCGCGCGCUACAGUCAAUGGUAUUUAAAUCUGUGCUCUGUAGUGAACUGGCGUGUGUUUACUGUUUGACAGGAUUAAAAGAAAUGUGAUUCCCCGGACGAUGUCCUCUCCUGUCCGUCAGAUGACUCACAGGAGACUCCCGCCCCUCCCCGGGGUCGCACCCCACCGGCGCCAGACCCAGCGGUCCCCGGCCGCCGACAUGGUCAUCACAGGGGUGACAUGCAACCCUGCACUUGUUCCACACCAUUCCAGUAGAAGUGUUCACAGCUCCUCAACCAUGUACGCAAGGUCACCAGAUCUUCAGCCAGAGACGGUGACCCAGUUUUUGUUUGACAAUCCGGAUUUCCUCGACAGUUUUGUACAGCAGCACGUGCACGAAGAUAAGAUACGACAGUGGUCACAGCGGAAGCAUAAAGUUCAAGGUCACAACCCCGUGGCCCUCACCAAUGGUGAUUUGAUAAAAGACCAAAGAAGCAAUUGGAAGAACUGUGUUCAGUCUAAAAAAUGGCGGAUUCUCCAAGAUCUCACCAAGGACAAUACAACCAAUAAAGCCAGAGUGUUCACGGAACUAGCUGCGUGCGCAGCCGAAUCCGUGAACGCUGAUGGACACAAUCUCUACUUAGUGGAUGAACAAAACCAGCUGUUUCUGGCCAGUAAAAGUAGCAGAAACCAGCGUGCUCCGACAGCAUGCGUGGGAAGAAUCGAACCCCGGACCUCUCUCCCGGCCUAUGUAGCCUACACCAAAGAGUCACUCCUCACAAACAGUUUACUAGGGGACCCUCGGUUCCCCCUGGGGAUGGGCGUGGAGACAGAGAGGGGCGUGUCCGCUAUAGCUGUCCCCCUGCUUCACGGAAACAACCUCAUACUAGGCGUUGUGGAGCUGUAUAGAAACUAUGGCAGCAUGCCUUUCUCACCGGAAGAGGAAGAGACAGCGGUCAACAUCAUCCUGUGGGGGACCUAUGCAGUGUCUUUCAUGGAGAUGUACAACAGUAUGAUGAAACAGAGAAAACUCAACGAUUUCUUACUGGCAGUGACAAAAUCGAUAUUUCAAGAUAUUGUCAGCAUGGAUACUGUUAUAAUGAAAAUCAUGAACUAUGCCAAGAAGCUGGUCAUCGCUGACCGUGCCUCCCUAUUCCUGGUGGACACCAAGAGUCGCGAGCUGUACGCGCGAAUCUUUGACACUGGACGUGUGGAGGAACAUAUACCUCAGAAAGAAAUCAGAUUCCCCAUGGACAGAGGCGUGGCUGGUCACGUGGCCUCCACGGGGGAGGUGCUAAACAUCGCGGACGCCUACACAGACAGUCGCUUUAAUCGUGACGUGGACCUCCAGACGGGCUACAGGACCAAGAGUAUCCUCUGUAUGCCCAUCUACAACCGGGGCAAUAUUAUUGGCGUCGUCCAGAUGGUGAAUAAAAUCGACGGUGUCUUUACUAAGGCGGACGAGGAGUCAUUUGAAACCUUCGCCAUUUACUGCGGUCUUGCUCUACAUCACGCUAAAUUGUACGACAAGAUCCGCCGGUCAGAGCAGAAGUACCGCGUGGCUGUGGAGGUGCUGUCCUACCACAGCCAGUGUAACGAUGAGGAGUACAUGUUAACGAAGAACGUGCCCAUUCCGAGCGACAUUCCCGACAUCCUAGAUUACGAUUAUUCCCCUUGGGCGAUAGACAGUGACCACAAGCCAGUGUAUGUUCUGUACAUGAUGAGGGACAUCUUUAAAAUGCAUUCCCAUAAAAACAAAAAUGAAGAAAGAAGGUUUGACCUGGACGACAUGAUUAGAUUCACCCUCACCGUACGCAAAAACUACCGGAACGUCCCCUACCACAACUGGGCCCACGCCUUCUCCGUGGCCCACGCCAUGUUCACCGUCAUCAAAACGUCAGAGCACCGAUUCACGCCCAUAGAGUGUUUGGCCUUAUACGUCGCUUGUCUCUGUCAUGAUCUUGAUCACCGAGGGAAAACUAACGCUUUUAUGGUCAAGAGUGCCUCCCCUCUGGCUGCCAUAUACUCCACCUCUACAAUGGAGCACCAUCAUUUUAACCACACCGUUACCAUUUUACAGAAUGAAGGUCACAACAUUUUCAAACAUCUUUCCUCAGCGGAAUACAAACAGAUUCUGAGCGAUAUCCGCCAUUGUAUACUAGCCACAGACUUGGCACUGUUCUUUGCCAAUAGGUCUCGUCUCCAGGAUAUUGCCGACAAGGGCGAGUUUUCCUGGGACAAUGCGGACCACAGGCGGCUUGUAAUGGCCAACAGUAUGACUGCUGCCGAUCUGUGCUCCAUGUACAAACCCUGGAAACUCCAGGUGCAACUGGUUGACGUCAUAAUGGAGGAGUUCUGGCAGCAGGGAGAUCAAGAGAAAAUCAAAAUUGGUUAUGUCCAGAACCCUAUUAUGGAUCGCGACAAAGUAAACGAACUCCCGGAAUCCCAGGUUGGAUUUCUGGUGGGUAUUUGUCUACCCUGUUAUGAAGUGAUGGCACAAAUUUUGCCGGAAACAAAACCGAUGGUGAACGGAGCCGUUGCAAACUUGAAAAAAUGGCGGGAACUGGCCGAUAAAGAAGCGCUUGAGAAAGAGAAAGAGAAGGAGAGAGAAAAACAGACAGAAGAAACUCAGGACGAGGUUAUAAAGGAACCUCCAGUGACAAAACCCAGUGAUGACGUCAAUGUGACGUCAGAAAAGAGCACUUUAUUACCAGCGGACGUUUUAGAUGACAGUGCUUCAGACACGAGUUUUUUGGCGGCAGACAAGCCAUUGCCCGACCCGCCAAGUGGCCGGACCUCCAACACGAGUGUGCCGUCAGAGAAAACUGUGUUAUCCUCACAAAGUGAGGAGUCCCGAUAGCUCGCUCCAGAGCGCUGCAUUAUAACGCCGUGGGGUGUUUCCAUUGAAUCGUAAUAUGUGUUUAGCUACUACGCAGGGUAACUUUCGAGCGCGCAUGCUUUGUGAUUCUAAGGUCUGUGAUUUAUUUAUAUUUGAUACCCGAGAGAGCAUGCCGUUCGAGUACUCUCAGAUAAUUUAUUCGGAACCUCUUAUUUAUUUUCAUGAUGAUAAUACUCCAUGACGUUCCCUCCUAUCUGCGUUUGAUUCCGUUAAAUGUACGUUGAUGUGUUGGAUAUUGUAGAAUAAAUCGUUAUGAAACA